AUGGGGAAAACACGUGGUAUGGGAGCUGCCCGCAAGUUGAAGUCUCACCGUAGAAGGCAGAGAUGGGCUGAUAAAGCAUACAAGAAAUCACAUCUUGGAAAUGAAUGGAAAAAGCCAUUCGCUGGAUCCUCUCAUGCUAAAGGCAUUGUUCUAGAAAAAAUUGGGAUUGAGGCUAAACAACCAAACUCUGCUAUUAGAAAAUGUGCUCGAGUUCAACUAAUCAAAAAUGGAAAGAAGAUUGCGGCCUUUGUGCCAAAUGAUGGUUGCUUGAACUAUAUUGAAGAAAAUGAUGAAGUGCUUAUUGCUGGUUUUGGCCGAAAAGGGCAUGCUGUUGGAGAUAUUCCUGGAGUUAGAUUUAAGGUUGUGAAGGUAUCUGGGGUGUCUCUUCUUGCCCUCUUCAAAGAGAAGAAGGAGAAGCCUAGGUCUUGA